UUACGACGGACCGGAAGUCUGUUCUUCUUCCGGGUGGGGUGUAAGACGUGCGGUGUAGCGGGUUCAACUUAUCUCCCGUGCGAUCGGUGGUUACGGUCUCAGUCGAGGUUUCCUUUCUCUGCGGGUGAAGCGUAACUCUCCGAGGACCGUUGCCAUGGCGAUGCAAGCGGCGAAACGCGCGAAUAUCCGUCUACCACCUGAAGUCAACCGAAUUUUGUAUAUCAGAAAUUUACCAUAUAAAAUCACAGCUGAAGAAAUGUAUGACAUUUUUGGAAAAUACGGACCUAUUCGACAAAUCAGAGUAGGGAAUACUCCUGAGACAAGGGGAACAGCCUAUGUAGUCUAUGAAGAUAUCUUUGAUGCCAAAAAUGCUUGUGAUCAUCUAUCAGGAUUCAAUGUGUGCAACAGAUACCUUGUUGUUUUGUACUACAAUGCCAACAGGGCAUUCCAAAAAAUGGAUACAAAGAAAAAAGAAGAACAGCUGAAACUUCUGAAGGAGAAAUAUGGAAUAAACACAGAUCCACCAAAAUAAAACUUUUCCUGAGGA